AUUGUCUCCUUGACCUAUUAUGCUAUUAAUACUGUCCAUGAUAUUUCCCUCUCUGUUUGUGUCCCUGCUCUCAGGCCUGUGUUCCACUGUGGAGGAGACCUGGUCACAGACUCGGGCUUUGUUGGCAGUGAGGGCUUCCCAAGCUUCUAUAAACCCAACAGUAAAUGUACCUGGCGUAUCACCGUCCCAGAGGGAAACGUGGUCAUGCUUUCUUUCCGCAUUUUUGACCUGGAGGCAGAUUCACAAUGCCGCUACGACUAUCUGGACAUUUACAACGGCCAUUCAAACUUGGUACAAAAACUAGGCCGCUUUUGUGGAACUUUCCGGCCUGGCGCUCUCAUUUCUACCACAAACACCAUGAUGCUAGAGAUGGUGACUGAUGGAGAGACGCAGGGGAGAGGGUUUGUGGCCUAUUUCAGCGGAGCCAAACCAUACGUAGAUGACCAGCAGUUCUGUGGGGGAAAGAUAACAAAGUCCCAGGGAGAGAUCAUGACGCCCAACUGGCCUGACAAGAAAUACCCCCCAGGGACCAGCUGCUCCUGGCUUAUCACCGUGGAGCCCGAUAGGGUGAUCCAGGUGAAGUUCGAUAAAUUCGUCUUGGAGGCUGACACCUACUGUCGGUUUGAUUAUGUGGCAUUCUUUAAUGGCGGAGAGAAAGACGAUUCCCGACUGAUUGGGAAAUACUGCGGUGAUCAGGCCCCACAGUGA